AUGGAAGCAGAGCAGUUCUCCGACCUGAUUCACCUGGUCGAUGACUCGUACUUCUCGGCGCUGUCCUCCGCCGGCGAAGAGCUUUUUCCGAUCUCCGACGAGAAGUACGCCGAGCAACUUCAGUUUCAGGAAGUUCUCAUUUCUGCAUCCCAAAUGGCUAGGCCACCGGCUUCCACCUUAAUUAGGAUCAGGGAGAAGGGUGAGUCUUCGUCUUCAUCUUCGUCUUCGUCUCUGGCUUCGCCUUCUCCGGCAACUUUCUUCUGCAAGAUCUGCAUGGAUGCACCUCCCGACGCCGAUAUGUUCACUAACGGCAGCUGCUCCCACUCUUUCUGCCGCGACUGCCUCGGUCGCUACGUCGGCGAAAAGAUUAAGGAGAAUAUAUUGACGGUGAAAUGCCCGGAGGUCAACUGCAGGAGCAUCCUCGAGCCGCAGAGUUUCCGCGGCAUGAUACCCCGCGAGGUGCUCGACCGGUGGGAGGCAGCGGCGUGCGAGGCCACCAUCCUCGGAAUGAACCGGAUUUACUGCCCGUUCAAGGGAUGUUCGGCGGCGUUGGUGGUGGACGAUGAGGACGGCGGAGUGGCGGCUUUAAAGGAGGCCGAGUGCCCGCACUGUCGGCGACUGUUCUGCGCGUCGUGCAAGGUGGGAUGGCACGCCGGGUUGAGCUGCUCGGAGUUCCAGAGGCUGGGGACGGACGAGAGGAGGAGGGAAGACUUGCUGCUGAUGGAGGUGGCGAAGGAGAAGGGGUGGAGGCGGUGCCCCAAGUGCAAGUUCUUCGUGGAGAAGACGGCCGGAUGCCUGCACAUCACUUGCAGGUGUGGCCACGAGUUCUGCUACGGAUGUGGAUCAAAAUGGGCAACAAUUCACGCGAGUUGCAGUACUCCAAAUUAA